AUGAUGAUGAAAAAAUCUUCAGAAUUUUUUAAGAAAGUGGAUAUUUUUGGGUAAAACAUACAAUUGAAUUUUAAUGGAGAGAAUUAGUACUAAACUGCAGUUGGUGGGUUAUUCUCUCUUGCAAUUAUUGCUGUUAUAGGAUUCUUCUUUCAAUAGAACAUCGUUAACUUUCUGAACAGAGAUGUGAUAAAUCUGAACACUCAGACAAUCUUCGAUUCCAAUCCAGACAGAAUUGAAUUAAACGACAACAAUUACAUGUUCGCCAUAGCAGUUGAAUAACCCAAAUUCAACACUCAGCCUUUCUUCAACCUCACUCUCAGAUAACGCAGAUACAUAAGAUCUUCAGAUGGAACCUUAAACAAAACUGAUAAUUUCAUCGAUCUCAUCCCCUGCACUGAAGAUCGGUUCCAAAACAUUUUUCAGAAUUAGAAUUUCACUCCCCAGUUUUCCUCACUCAAUCUCUAGGAAUGGUUAUGUCCUCAACACAACUACUCUAUCAUAUUAAGUGGUGGUUACACAAGUGACCUUUUCGAGUUCGUCAAAAUAGCUGUAAGCGACUGCUCCAAUAAUACAGCAUCCAAUUCCAUGUUGACUUGGAAACCCGAAUGUGCAAGUUCUCAAACCAGAGAUAAGUAUCUCCAGUCCGAACGUUCUUUUAGAAUCAAAAUGUACAUGACCAAUAAUGUAAUCAACCCAUUAUAAGUGUAGAAUAUGUCCCAAGUCUUUUUGGAUGAUGAGUCCUUUUUCUCCUUUCUGAUCCAAACGGGCACUGAAACAGAUGUCUUUUAUCAAAAAUACAACAUCACCACCGAUGACAACAUAUUUCCCUAUCUCAAAGACCUCCAGGAAAACGUCUUCAAUGUGAAGAAGGCUGGGGACUUCAAAACCAGCACUGUCCAAAACAACGGACAACAAUAUUCAGCCAUCUACAUGAGAAGAAGUCCCUACACCUAUGUCAUCAGAAGGGACUUCUAGGAUAUUGCAGAUUUGCUCUCUUAUCUUGGAGGAUUUGCAAAUAUCGUUGCUCUUAUCUUCGGAGUCCUCAUCAAAUCCUAUAAUAAAUCGAGAUUUAUGAUCGACUUGGCCAACCAGAUUUACGAUUUUCCAAUUAAGAAUGAUUCUCAAGCAGAAACUCAACAGAGAAGAGAAAUCAAGAAAACCAUAGCCAGGGCUAAAAGCAGAACUAUCAUUAUUAAUAAACAUUAAGAAUAACCUUAAGAUCAGGAACUGUAAUCUCAACUGCAAUCUCCUAAGUACACGCAAAAUUAAAAAUUGAUCUUAAAUGAUACAACGAAAAGAGAAGACUAAUUUACAUCCAAACAGGAUGAAAUAUAUCCAGCCAAGACAGAAUUAAUCAUUACUCAUCGGCAAGAAGAACAGCGUUUAUUCUAGUAAGAACAAGAAUAAAUUAUUAAAUAACUUGGAAUUAGUGAUCGAAAGAGUUACUUAACUUAGUAAAUCUAAAAGAUAUUAAGUCGAAGCAAACCCAUUCUAUUCAACUAUAAAUAUAUUCUCUCCAGUAUCUUCUGCUCUAAACUAUUUACUGACCGCAACAGCCUUCUUCUCCAAAAAGCCAUAAAAAAGAUUAAUAAAGAUUUGGAUCUCUGUGUUAUCAUAGACAAAGUCAAAGAAAUUAACGUAUUGAAAGAACUCUUGUUAACUCAAGAUUAGUUAAUGUUGUUUGACUUUGCUCCGAAACAGGUGAUCAAUAGUUACGAGGAAGAGUAAUGUAUGACUCGGAGUUUAGUAAGAAGGACCUUGGACAGUGUCAGGACUAAUUCUACUCAGUUGGAAUGUUACCAUUAAGAUGAAUCACUUAAUGCUUACUAUAAGUUAUUUUAGGCCUAUGAUCAUAUUCAUUAAUCAUUGCAAUAGAGUAACAAAAUUAAUGAGAAGCUGAUUGAAAAAUUAGGACAAGAGGUCAGAGACAUUUUUGAAGUAUCCCACUUUAUCCAAUGGGAAAAGAAUUAAAUUAAAAUGGACAAAGAGGAGGUUUAAUGUGAUUCCGUUAAUUCAGAUCCACUUUCCAUUAAUAACAUUGAAUAAAUAAAGAUCAAUUUGAAAGUCAAGUAGUGA